AUUACGUCGCCGGAGGUGAACUUUUCACACACUUAUACCAAAGAGAACACUUCACCGAAAGUGAAGUGCGAAUAUACAUAGGCGAAAUAAUACUUGCACUCGAGCACCUGCAUAAGCUUGGGAUAAUUUACAGAGAUAUUAAGUUAGAAAAUAUAUUAGUCGACGAAUGCGGUCACAUCGUUCUGACCGACUUCGGCCUUAGUAAAGAAUUAGCAAGGGACCAAAGUGAUAACGAGCAGCAGCGGGCGUACUCCUUCUGUGGAACCAUAGAAUACAUGGCGCCGGAAGUUGUCAGAGGCGGAACUAUUGGUCACGAUAUCGCGGUGGAUUGGUGGUCCGUCGGAGUUCUCACCUACGAACUUUUAACUGGAGCUUCUCCGUUCACAGUGGAAGGGGAGAGAAAUACCCAACAGGAGAUUUCAAGGCGAAUCUUGAAAACGACACCUCCCAUUCCGGAAGCGUUAGGAAAGGACGUUGCCGAUUUUAUUAGUAGAUUAUUAGUUAAGGAACCGCGAAAGCGUCUCGGUGGCGGCGAAGGUGACGCGACCGAAUUGAAACGGCAUCCGUUCUUCAAAACUUUGGAUUGGAAAGCUCUGGCUUCGAAGAGGAUUUCUGCCCCGUUUAAACCAUUGAUACGAAAUGAAUUGGACGUAUCGAACUUUAGCGAAGAGUUCACUCAAAUGGUACCGACGGACUCGCCCGCCGUGGUGCCGCCGAACUACGAUAAAAUCUUCAAAGGCUACUCGUACAUAUCGCCGUCGGUGAUAUUUACGAAGAACGUCAUUUCGGACGAUCUACUCAGGCCGGUCAGUCGACAGGGCGACGCGGCGAAAUUGGCCGAGUGUAAGCUCGCCGAUUCGCCGUUUUUCCAAUCGUACGACAUCGAUCUCGAGGAGAAAAUCUUGGGAGACGGUUCGUUUUCCGUUUGCAGACGUUGCGUGCAGAAGAGCACCGGCAGGGAGUUUGCGGUGAAAAUAGUGAGCAGACGGAUGGACUGUACGCAGGAGAUAAAUUUGUUGAGGGCGUGCCAGGGACAUCCUAACAUUGUCAGCUUGCACGAGGUGAUUAUCGACGAGGGGCACACAUAUCUCGUAUGCGAAUUGUUGAAAGGGGGAGAGUUGUUAGAUAGGAUUAGGUCAAAGUCAAAGUUUACCGAAGGUGAAGCUUCCGUGAUAAUGAGGAAGCUUGUAUCGGCUGUGAGUUUUAUGCAUUCUAGGGGAGUUGUACAUAGAGAUUUGAAGCCUGAAAAUUUAUUGUUUACGACCGACGAAGAGGACGCGGAAAUUAAAGUCGUCGACUUCGGAUUCGCGCGGUUAAAGCAGGAGAAGGAAGUUUUGCACACCCCCUGCUUUACGUUGCAUUACGCCGCGCCCGAAGUUUUAAACGGUGAUCCGCAGGGAUACGACGAGAAUUGUGACUUGUGGAGUCUCGGCGUUAUUUUGUAUACCAUGAUGUGCGGGAGGGCCCCGUUUCAUUCGAGUUCGCGCGACAAUAGCGCCGUGGUGGUCAUGGCUAAAAUUAAAAACGGCGACUUUAGUUUUUCCUCGCCCGCUUGGUGCGAUGUAAGUGACGAUGCGAAAAACAUCGUGCAGGGACUUUUAACCGUCGACCCGCAGCAAAGGUUACGAAUGGUGGACUUGCGCAACCAUCCGUGGGUGCAGGGCUCGCAGGUAUUCCCGCAGACGCCGCUGAUGACCCCCGACGUGUUGUCGUCGAGCGGGUCAACCGAAAAGGGCCUGCAGGCGACCUUUAACGCGUUCCACAAGGCGGAACGAGAAGGUUUUCGACUGCAGGACGUGCUCAACGCGAAACUGGCGCAAAGGCGACGACUGAAGAAAAGUUCCUCGGACAACAUGAGCAAUUCCUCGUGUAGUUUCACAAGUGAAGGUUCGCUCAAGUGCAAUUCAGGUACACCAACUCUGCCCAAAACCAAAAUGUGUACAAAUUUGAAAAAGACAAUCGAAACAAUUGAGGUUAGGAGUUCCGACAGUAGCUCGAGUCGAGAUGUUGUCGAGAAUGACCAGAAAGAGUCGCGCGUUCAAGAGUACCUUAGUGCUAUGGACACUGAUCCCAGUACGCCUCCCAUAUCACCCGACGCCUCUGUUACCGAAGACAAAACGACGAUGCCGCAAACUAAAAAGAAGGGUAAACACAAAAAGGUAUAUACCGAGCCGGUCCGUAGAAGCGAGAGGAUUCGACGUCGCGAAGAAAUCGAUAUGGACCCGCUGUUCCCUUUCAAAACCCUGCCAAAUCGGACGUUAAAGCGAAAGCAUCACGAAGCCGAUUUGAGUACCGAAUCUCCAAAGUCGAAGAUGAGGAAAAAAGAGCCCAACAAUGUCAAAGGACAGAGAAGUAAACGAGGCAAAAAGAGAUAAACCGCAGUAUUUCGUAAGUAAUAGAUUAUUUAUAUAUAUAAAAGAUAUAAAUCAAUAUUUUUGGUAACCGGAUCGUGGUUAAUAUGAAGAUUGUGAUAAGGAAUUAAUAGUUGUUCUUAAUUUUUACCAAUGCAGCGGUCGCGGUUACCGUAAGUUCCAUGUAGAUGUUUAUUGUUACAAUUAAGUGCACUUCCUAGCUUCAUUUAUUAAUUAAAAUAUUUUACAAUUGUAUACCAAAAAUUGUAUCAUAAAGUCAAAUUUGUUAUUAAAAUAAUAAUAAUAAUAAUAUAUUGUAAUGCCAAUCUACACUAGUUUUUAUAAGAGGUUUUUGUGUUGGGUUAGUCUAACAAUGCAACAUUGAUUAUUAGUUAUGAAAUCGUUGAAAUUAUUUGAAAUCGAAAUGAUAGAUUUUAUGGACGGUGCUUCACGAUCUUGAGGGAAAGAUCACGAAGCACUUGAUGUAAUGCAUCCCCUUCUAAAAUGGUAAUUUGUGUAUAGAAUCUCCGAAACGGUUUUGGAUCGGGUUGUAUUACCACCGUUUUUUAAUUCGUAGUCAAUAUAUCAUAACUGGUCUAUGAUUAGUCAGUAGUUUAUUCAUUGUUUUGUUAUAUGGGUUGCAAAUUAAAAGAAAAAAUAAUUGAAGACACUGUUUGGUCUUUGAUAAACGUUGGACUUAUAAUUAACGUAGUUUAAUAAUUCUCAGGCUAUGUUUUAUAAUUUGAUUACGAAAAAUCUUGCGUUUUAGCGAACUUUGUAUAUUAUUAAAUUAUUUGUAAUGGUUGAUUUAUUAUUGUUUUUCUUUUAAAUAGAAUACUGAUUAAAUAAACAGGAGACCAAAAGGAUGUGCCUUUUUAAAUGGAAAUGUUCCAACAGGUUAAGGAAAAUUGAUUUUGUUACUGUCUGUAUAAAUGUUUCCCUAAUUUUCUUAUAUUGCCUUUUAAAAUGAAAAUAAAAUUUUAUGUUGAAUAAA